GGCGCCGUCUGGCUGGGGCCGGUGCUGGCGGGAGCGCGAGGGAGCGACGGCGAAGCCCUUCGGGGCCUGCGGACGGCGGCCUCAGAGUCCUGCAGAGUGCUUGUGAUUUCACGUAUUUUUGCUGAACUUGUAGAAGAGACACUUGGAUGGUGGAUUAACAAGAACACUGACAUUCUGUGAAAAGUUUCAAAUUGGAGAAUAUUGAAUUUUCACCCUAGUCCAGCAGCUCUGCUGCUCACUUAAAUACAGAUGAAUGAAGACCCCAUUCGGGAAGACACCUGGCCAGCGGUCCAGAGCUGAUGCAGGCCAUGCUGGAGUAUCUGCAAACAUGAUGAAGAAGAGGACAUCUCACAAAAAACAUCGAAGCAGUGUGGGGCCCAACAAACCUGUUUCCCAGCCCCGGCGGAACAUCGUAGGCUGCAGGAUUCAGCAUGGGUGGAAAGAGGGGAAUGGCCCUGUUACCCAGUGGAAAGGAACCGUUCUGGACCAGGUGCCUGUAAAUCCUUCUUUGUAUCUUAUAAAAUACGACGGAUUUGACUGUGUUUAUGGACUAGAACUUAACAAAGAUGAAAGAGUUUCUGCACUCGAAGUCCUCCCUGAUAGAGUUGCAACAUCUCGAAUCAGUGAUGCACACUUAGCAGACACAAUGAUUGGCAAAGCGGUGGAGCAUAUGUUUGAGACAGAGGAUGGUUCUAAAGAUGAGUGGAGGGGAAUGGUCUUAGCACGCGCACCUGUCAUGAACACGUGGUUUUACAUUACCUAUGAGAAAGACCCUGUCUUGUACAUGUACCAGCUCUUAGAUGAUUACAAAGAAGGCGAUCUUCGCAUUAUGCCUGAUUCCAAUGAUUCACCUCCAGCAGAAAGGGAACCAGGAGAAGUUGUGGACAGCCUGGUAGGCAAACAAGUGGAAUAUGCCAAAGAAGAUGGCUCAAAAAGGACUGGCAUGGUCAUUCAUCAAGUAGAAGCCAAACCAUCUGUGUAUUUCAUCAAGUUUGAUGAUGAUUUCCAUAUUUAUGUCUACGAUUUGGUGAAAACAUCCUAGAUGUCAUCAUGAACUUUGCCAGAUUUGUGGAACUAUUAAAUGUAUAAUUUGUAGACAUAAAGACUUGAAUGCUUUCCAGUUUAAUGAAAGCUUAAAUGUCCCUGCGAACCCACAAUCUCUGCCAGCAGAACUGGUUUUGUUUUGAAUAGUACAGAUUGAUGUGAACACAAAGCAUUUUGUGUGAGGAGGACUGCUUCUUAAGAAGCCUGUCUGUUUGGAGGGGAGUUACAGGCAAGUUUGGUAAAAGUAAAGCUAGUGUCAUAGUCAUUUAAAACUGUAAUAGAUCCUAACCAUUUCCACUUCACUCUAACACUCUCAUUCUGCUGCCACAAUGCAAGCAUAGUUUGGUAUUUUUGUUAUUGCCUUUUUUGAGAUAUAUGUAUCUAUAUCUACCUACCUAUCUAUAUCUAUAUCUGUGUGCAUACGUAUAUAAUAUAUAUACACACACAGAUACAUGUGUACACACACACACCAUUGGCAGUCCUUUCUUUGUGGAUUGGGAUGGGGGUGAUAUAAUUUUCUCCAGUUUAAUAGGAGUGCUUGACCCAAGUCAAUCAUAUUUAUGAUAUUACUGCUCUUUAUUUAAAAUUAAAUUUGGGCACAGGAAGCACAUAUGGAAGUUCAGCUUGUUUAGAAAUAAGAAGUUCAGAGUACCUUUUCAAUCUGGAGGCUUUAAACCAUAAGUCCAAAUAUGAAUUACUGGUUAACGACCCACAUUAGAAUUUUACAAACUGGCGAGAAAUCUGGGUAAAAGGCUGCCUUUAAUUCUUAGCUUUGUAAGUUUUUUGUUUACAUUUUAAUCAUAAAUACUUUUUAGCAAAGCCCAGGUUCUUGGUCCACACAGUGUAACGUAGGUGUGUUUUGGAUGGCACAUUUGGUCCAUUAUUUGUAUAAAUCAAUAAUCUGGAUAUUAGUACAUGGAUCUAAAAGGCAACAGUACAUCAGUGGUUUGUGUGUAUGUGGUAAGUUCUUGGAAGAAAACAGUGCUUUUAUAUUAGAAAUGUAACUUUUAAGAAUGGCCUUGUUGCCUUCUAACAAGUUCUCUGGGACUUUUAAAUUUUUAUUAGUGUUGUUAUUAUUGAUUAUGAUUAUGGUAAGAAGGCCUCUUCCCCCUCCCCCCGCCCCCCCGCCCCCGCCUCCCCAACCUGGGAGCUUUUCCCCACAAAGAAUGUCUAGACAAUAAUAGCUUACUCUCUUGACACCCUUUGUGGUGGUGUAUGUUCUUACUCCAGGUGUGCUGUUACUGCGGAUUCAUUCCAUUUGGUGGCCCCUUGGGGUUGCAUGUCAGUGAUAUAUGUUCCCAUAGAAAGUCCAGUCAUUUGUGCUCGCUUGUGGGUGUAAGUAAUAGCAGCCCUUAGCCACAGAGUCUUUUUGUGGUUUAUUCCCGCAGUGUUGUUUUAAACUGAAAUAGAACUGCAGAUAUGUUGUUGGUUGAUUGCAAAAUGGCUCACUUUGUUUUGGAGGAACCCUGGUGGUUUGACAGCCAAGAGAAAGGCUGGAUGUGGAACCAGCCUCUUGUGGAGAUUAGAAAUCUUAUCUGCAAUUUGACUGCAGCCUAAAUGUGCAUGCUGUCAGUCAGACACCAGAGGUUUGGAUCAGAGGUCCUUUUGUGACCUUUUGUGGCUGUUCUUGAUGUUAGAGAUUCCAUAGUUUCAAGGUCUCUAUGCUGGUUUGCUCGAUGCCCAUUUAAGCCUUCACGAAGGCUUGUGCCUUGUGCUGUGGAUGGUAAUGACCACUCACCAUGGAAACACUUACCUCAGUUCUCUGUCCAAGGCCGUACUUGCCCUGUGUGCAGUGCUUCACCGCAGGCAGCCAGGGGCGAGCUUCUCAAAGCAGUGUGAGACCUAAGUUAUAGAUGCUUUUCUUGUGUGUGAACAGGUGAUGUGCUGCAGAUCUGCUGUGUCUUCCUGGUGACUCUUAUGAGUCCCUGCAUGUAAAUUUCAAAGCUGAGCCUGGCUCCUGGAGCCCAGAUUGACGUUUAUGGCACAAGCUAGUGAGUGUUUCCAACAUGCAUAGACUGUGUGCAGAACAUGGCGCAGUGACUUUGGGAUGAAAAAUAAAGUUCAUUUUGAGAUAUACUGAGGGUUGGGUUGAUUGAAACAUUUGUAGCAUUACCUAAUGACUUGCAUUGUGGUUUUUCCACAAGCAACUUUAAUAUACCACAUGAUCUCCCAGCUCUAAAUGAAUGCAACGUGUCGACGACGAUGAUGGUUUUAAUCAUCAUUCCAUUUAUUGUUUUUAGGGCUGAGGGAAAGGGAAGGGUUUUUUUUGUUGUUGUUUUUCUAUUUUUCCCCCACUCUUUCUUUCUUUUGGUGGCUUACACCACACCUAAUGACGCUGUGACUAAUUCUGCCCCCGAGCCCAUGUAUCUUGGGCUUCAUUUUAGGCUCAUGUUUCAGAUCUGCAUGCAUUGCUUGCAUUUUUCUGGUAUCUGGAUGUUGGUUCCUUGUUCUAGGAAUUCAGCAUUAAUUUCCAAAAUAACAUGGGACUUGUGACAACACAAGACAUGAAUCUAUGUAUAAAAUUUAUUGGCCUUUCUCAUUUACCUGCUCUAGUAUUAUUGUAUCGUGUGUGCGUGUGUGCGUGUGAUGUCAGGCUGCCACGUAAAACUUCAGAGAAAAAUCUUAAAAGCAGACCAUCCUUUUUUGCAUGCUCUAUUCUAAGUAGAAUGUUCAAUGUAACUAACUAAAAUUGCAUGUUAAAGAUACUUAGGUUUUUUGUUUUCUUUAUUUUUAUUUGCUUUCAGUUUCCUGUAUAUUUGCUUACUGUGCUGUUUUAGUGGUUGUAGGAUAAAAUGCACUGGUGAAGCAAAUGCAGUGCCAACAGAAGGUGAUUUUCCAAUUGUAUAUGUCAUGCAGCAUUUGAAGGGACUGUGCAUUCUUUAAAAAGUCACAGUUACUUCUAAACCAGAUUUCAUUUUUAUUAUCGUUUUAUGUGCCAAACCCUGAAGUGCAUUGGGCUUGAAUCUCUGAACACUGUAGACCCGUUAGAAGAAGACUGUUCUGAUUGUCACAAAUUGUAGUGCCUGAAAACACUCUUAAGCUGAUUGUCUUAGAAAAAUGAAAGUUCUCCAAAGACAAAAGAGGAACAAAUAUUAUAAAAAAAUAAUUACAGUCGAACUGUCUGUGGUUCCUUGGAAAUGCUGCGCUCUUUGUAUUUUCCAUCAUUAGUGCAGUUCGAAUGAAUGUGUAUAAGUUCAGAGGUCUUCGUGUUCACAUUUUAAAAUUAGUAAAUGACCUCAUCUUUCAAGCUUGAACUCAUUUUUAAUUUUAUUUUAUACAAUGUGUAGACAGUUCCCUGUUCUCUGCAUUUAGAAGUAUAUACAAUAUAAAUCUGUUAAUUCUGUAAGUAAUUUUUAUAAUUAUGA